AGAAUUCGCCGCUCAAGCUUCCGAGCUAAGCGCCCAAGCCAUCAAGCGAGCCGAUCAGAUCAAGCUCCUCGCCCUCGCCGACUCCGCCACCGCAACCGCACCUUCUCCGCCCGACGAUGUCGACCUCGAAGCUUUCGGCAUCACCGACCAUCUCAGAGAAUUCGUCACCGGCAUCACCGUCACCACCUUCCGAGAUUUCCCUCUUCAAGAUGAUACUGAAUUGUCUGAUGUCCCUGCUGUUUCUAAUGUUAGGCAGGACCUAACCGAUUGGCAGGAGAAACAUGCCAAACUUGUUCUUUCUGCAGUCAAGGAAAUUUCAAGAUUGAGGUAUGAGCUGUGUCCACGUGUUAUGAAAGAGAGGAAGUUCUGGAGAAUAUAUUUUAUACUUGUGAAUAAUCAUAUUGCACCCUAUGAGAAAAAGUACAUGGAAGAUGCUAAACUAAAAUCAUCUGAACAAGUAAAAGAUCAGACAGUGAUGGAACCAUUAGAAGUUGAAUUGACCUCUAAUCAAGAAGUGCAGGAAGUGAAAAAGGAGACUAAAACUAAAACUUCAACAACUGAGCAAGACUUGGAUGUAUUUCUUCUGGGAGAUGCAGGAGACAGUGACAAUGAUCAAGAUAAUGGCAAUGGGGGCUUGGAUGAUGAUUUAGACAACCUGGUGGAAAGUUCCGAUGAUGAGAAAUGAAAAUCAUAGAUGUUGCGUGAACUUGUAGGGUGACAUAUAAGUAAGUGGUUGCAACAUGGCCGAGAGAAUAUUCAUGAUCAAAUGUUGCUUGCUUUAUUAUUUGACAAGACACAAUUGCUGGCUGAGCUGUUCCACUUUUGCUUAAAUUUAUUAAUUUAUGCAGCCACCCUUUCAUUUCGUGUUUCUAAUUUCCCCCACGUUGAGGAAUGAAUGUCGACUUUGUUAUUGUAAAGAAUGUUAGUAUUUUAUUAGGCGACUAAGUUAGUUAAGUUAUUUAACUACGUCUCUUAUAUAUAGUAUUAUAGUGUAUAUAAAGGAAUAUUAAAUGUACACGAGCAAUUCUUC